AUGGUUUCUGACUCUAACAAGAUGGAUAAUUUUGUCACUAGCGCUGUUCAAUUUGUGGAAGAAUAUGGAUUUGAUGGAAUUGACAUAGAUUGGGAAUUUUGUGGUGAUCACCAAGGUUGGAAAUUUGUUGAUUUAUUAAAGAAAUUACGUCAGAGUCUACCUCUGCAAUAUAUCUUAACAAUAGCUGCUCCAGGAGGACAACAAAAUAUUCAAAACCUUAAGAUCAAAGAAAUGGAUCAAUACCUCACAUUCUGGAAUUUAAUGUGUUAUGAUUUUUCAGGUCAAGGUUGGUCAACUACCACUGGUUAUCAUUCGAAUCUAUUUGGUGCUAACGGAGAUAAUGAUAUGAAUGCAGCUGAUAUUGUACAGACUUAUUUACAAAAUGGUGUGCUGCCUUCAAAAUUGAUCUUAGGUCAACCAAUGUAUGGAAGAGUAUUUUCUGGUGUUGGUUCAAACUCAAUAAGUAAAAAAUUUGCUAAGCAAGAUGGAGAAGAUACUAUGAAUUAUAAUGAGAUUAAUCAGGAGCAAAGCGAGUUUGAUCAUAAAAAAGUAAGCGCUUAUUCAUAUGAUCCCAAAACUAAAAAAUAUAUAUCCUAUGAUAACCCACAGAGUGCUAAAGUCAAAAGCCAAUUUGUUAAACUGAAAAACUUGGGAGGUGGAAUGUGGUGGGAUUCAUCAGGUGAUAAACAAGGAGAAGAUUCACUAGUUUAUAAUUUUGUUAAUCAAUUAGGUGGUGUUGAUUCGCUAGAUAACUCAGAAAAUAAUCUAUCCUAUCCAAGAAGUAAAUAUCUUAAGAACUUACAAUAA